AUGAGGGGACUGGCAGCGGCAGUGGUUGAGGGGACUGGGAGCGGCAGUGGUAGCUGUUGUAGCUGGUUGAGGGGAGUGGAGCGGCAGUGGUUGAGGGGACUGUUGAGGGGACUGGGAGCGGCAGUGGUUGAGGGGAGUGGAGCGGCAGUGGUUGAGGGGACUGGGAGGGGGAGGGAAGAUGACGAUAGGGGAUCCGUGUACGAUCCUGAAGCCAGUCUAGCGCUGUCAUCGCCUCCCGAAGAUGAGUCCCAAGAAAACAAUUCUAAUUUUUUCCCUAACCCCCAAGCAAUCGCCGCCGUCAUCGUUGGCAUCAUCGUCGCCAUCAUCCUGCUCGACCUGUGCAUCUUCCGCUUCCCGGUGGGCCGCAACAUCCGCGAUUUCCUCGUCCGCAAGAUACCCUUCUGCAUCGCGUUCUACAGCUGA